AUGGCAAUAGCACUCGGAUGCAUCAAAGUUGGCAUCGAUGUCAAGGUGUAUGAACGAUAUCCCUAUGCCAGACCAGCAGGCAACAUUCUCAACCUAUGGCCACCGGCCAUACACGCCCUCAAGUGCAUGGGCGUGAAUACUACGGAUCUCGGAGCUGCCUCGCCUGCAACCACAUUUCGGAACCCCAGUGGACAUGUACGUGCUACAGUACGGCUGGCGGACGAUGUCGUAGAGAAAUAUGACGGCGGCUUUCUUGGGCUUCUGCGACCGGAUCUGUACAAGCGAAUGCUCUCAGCUAUCCCUGAGGGCGUCAUGGAGUUCAACAAAUCAGUGACUGCAUUCGAAGACACUGGCGAUUGUGUUCGAAUGACGCUAGGAGACGGUACUGUCGUCAAAGCAGCUGUCGUCAUUGGUGCCGAUGGCAUCGACUCUUCCGUCCGCACUCACUUAUGGGGUCAAAGUCCGCGAAGAAACCAUGACCUCCACGUUAUCGGCGGCUUCACCUUUGACACCGCCGAUGGUGUCAUCCCCGACGAAUGCGUCAUCACCCACGACCCCCAAGUCCAGGGCACAUACGGACCUCUUCUAAGCCAGGGCCGCAAAGGCCUCCAGUGGUGGUUCGUCGAGUCAUGGCCUGACGACAAACCUGUGGAAGAAAGCCUCAAAAGCCGUGCUCAGAUGCUUUCCAAAAGGUUUCCGGGGCCCCUCGGUGAACUAGUGGACAGCACCCCAGCGGAAGAUGUCAUCAUGUGGCCAAUCCGCGACAGAGUCCCACUCAAGAAAUGGUCCAAGGGCCGCAUGAGUCUUGCCGGAGACGCAGCCCACGCUACCUCUCCCUACGCAGCUUACGGUGCGGGGAUGUCCAUCUCAGACGGAUAUUUCAUCGCUCAAAGUCUAUACAAGAUCGACCUCUCUGACACAAACGCGGUUGCGAAUGCCCUCGAGCGGUAUGAAGGAUAUCAGCUAGCACACACCACACACAUGGUCGAAUCCGCGUAUUUCGUCGGCAGACUCUUCCAUCACGUCCCGUUUCCCCUGAACUAUCUGCGCAAUCUGGUGCUUGACUGGACGCCGAUGUUGCAGCGCGAAGUCGGUGAUAAGAACCCUGAAGAGAUUACUGGACAGUUGAGGUUGAUGGGACGGGACAUUACUGUGUAG